GGCAGCCCUUGUGUCAAAACCAGCCCAGGGAUGAGAGACCAUCGAGAUGCCACGACCUCCGAGAGUCCUAGAGAGGAAACGGAAGGGGCCGGUUCCUUACGCACCUGUCUGACAGCGGCCGCGGCCCACUUCCUGUCCGCGGAGGGCACUGGGGAACCUGCCGCCGGUGCGGGGCUUUGGUGUUUCUAUCCAAACCAUAUAUUUUGGUAUUGCUGACCUUGGCCGACCAUCUCACCUCUUGCAUCUUCAGUUUCUUCUUCUGAAAAGUAGGGGAAGUAGUACUUAGCAUACAGAAUUGUUGUUGAGCACACACCCAAGCCACCAGUAAGUUUAUUGGGUUUACCUCCCAAAUAUGUCUUGACUUUGCCUGCUUGUUUGCCACCAUCCUGAUCUGAGUCCUAGCAUCUCCUGCUUGGACCACAGUGGUUAGCAAAUACUGAAUUGAAUUGACAUGAUUUUCAAGACAUAUGUUUAGUCUUUUGAAAAUAUCUCCUAGAAGACCCUGAGUUUCCUGGGUUGGAGUGUGAAAGAUGCUUAAAGAGCGUCCAGGGAUGGCAGAAGAUCAUCAUCAGCAGAUGGGUGUUCCUGUGGUAAAAUUGGAGAAAGAGUUGCCAUGGGGCAGGGGAAGGGAGGACCCUAGUCCUGAGACUUUUCGGCUACGGUUUCGGCAGUUCCGCUACCAGGAGGCAGCUGGUCCCCAGGAAGCCCUCAGGAAACUCCAGGAGCUCUGUCGCCAGUGGCUGAGGCCUGAGCUGCACACCAAGGAGCAGAUCCUGGAGCUGCUGGUGCUGGAGCAGUUUCUGACCAUCCUGCCCCGGGAGUUUUAUGCUUGGAUUCGGGAGCAUGGCCCCGAGAGUGGCAAGGCUCUGGUAGCCAUGGUGGAGGACUUCACAGAGAGAGCACUGGAGGCCAAGGCGGUUCCAUGCCACGUGCAGGGGGAGCAGGAGGAGACAGCAGUUUGCAGAGGCCCUUGGGAACCCGGCAUCCACCUGGGACCAGUGGAGGUCAAGCCUGAGUGGGGGAUGCCCCAUGGGGAAGGCGUUCAAGGCCUAGACCAAGGCACUGAGGAGCAGCUCAAUCAGGAUUCUGGUGCUGGGACGCAGGCCUUCCAGGAGCAGGCUCUGCCAGUUCUUCAGGCUGGUCCUGGCCUCCCCACAGUGAACACCAGAGACCAAGAGAUGGCAGUUGGGUUCCUUAUGGCUGGGUCCCAGGGAUUGGGACCAUUUAAAGAUAUGGCUCUGGCCUUCCCAGAGGAAGAAUGGAGGCAUGUGACCCCAGCCCAGAUAGACUGCUUUGGGGAAUAUGUGGAACCACAGGACUGUGGGGUCUCACCUCCAGGCAUUGGGAGCAAGGAAAAGGAGGCCAAAAUCCAGCAGGCAGACCUCAAGGUGGCACUUGCUCAGGGGACGUCAGAGAGGUUUGGGGAAGCUGCUCUCCAGAGCCCUGAGCUUGGAAGAACCUGUGAGCAGGAGCCCGGUAACUCUGUGGGAAACAUUCCAGGGCCGCCUCCUCCCCAGCAUGGCAUCCUACCUGUGCCUGAUGACCUCAAGACCCACAGCUCCUUCUGGAAGCCUUUUCAGUGCCCUGAGUGUGGGAAAGGUUUCAGUCGAAGCUCAAAUCUCGUCAGACACCAGCGAACACAUGAAGAAGAAAAAUCCUAUGGCUGUGUUGAAUGUGGGAAAGGGUUUACUCUUAGAGAGUACCUCAUGAAGCACCAGCGAACCCACCUGGGAAAGAGACCCUAUGUGUGCAGUGAGUGCUGGAAAACCUUCAGUCAGAGGCACCACCUUGAGGUCCACCAGCGGAGUCACACAGGGGAGAAGCCCUACAAGUGUGGGGACUGCUGGAAAAGCUUCAGCCGGAGACAGCAUCUUCAGGUGCACCGGAGAACUCACACUGGGGAAAAGCCUUACACCUGUGAGUGCGGCAAGAGCUUCAGCAGGAACGCUAACCUGGCCGUGCACCGGCGAGCCCACACGGGGGAGAAGCCGUAUGGGUGCCAGGUGUGUGGGAAACGGUUCAGUAAAGGGGAGCGUCUGGUCAGACACCAGAGGAUCCACACUGGUGAGAAACCCUACCACUGCCCUGCCUGUGGGAGGAGCUUCAACCAGAGGUCCAUUCUCAACCGGCACCAGAAAACUCAGCAUCGUCAGGAGAUCCCUGUGCAGUAAGGGUGCUCUGUGAAACUGCACCUUUUUUGCUAAUGCAAGGUGCUGGUCAAGGUGCGACCUUCCAGGACCACCAAGUGGAGGGAGGCCUUACUGGAGGUUGUCAUUCAUCUUUACUCACUGAAGGGUUCUGGAAGGGGUGUUGAGGGGUUAUUGGGUGCAAAAAGACACUUUGACCCAUUUGCUUUCCAUUUGUUCAGAAGGAAAAGGGCAAGGCCGGGUUCAUUUUGAAUUCCCAGAGAGCACAGCUUUUCCUGUCUCUUACCCAAGUGGUGCUGACACUUUUUCUUACCAUCUUUGGGAAAAUAAUAUCCUGAGUUUUAGUUCAUGUUGAGCUUUUUCUCCUCCAGUGGAUGUUUAUAUCCACCUCCUGAGCAAGUCUGGUAGUCAAGGCAAAAUUUUGUCUGCUGUUGACAGCUUGAACCUCAUUUUUCUGAGGUCUGUAUCCUGCCUGCCAGGAUACGGAUUCUAUGUACCAUCCUUCCCCCGCUCUCUUUUCCAUUUAACACAUAUUUAUUGAACACCUACUAUAUGCCUGGCACUGGGAGUACAGUGGUGAAGGAGACAGAUGAGACCUUGUUCUCCUGGAGCUUGUGAUUUAGCACUGGAAGCACACACAAAACCAUUGAUUUUCAUGUUCUAAGUCAUGUUUGUGGUGAGUGCUGUGUGAGAAGAUAGUCUUGUGCUCACUCAUUUUGCCCUUCCUGCUUGGGUGCUGGAGCUUUCCCUCCGUUGGGAUCACUCAGGCAGCGUCGUUUAUUUACUUUAUCUGUAGCUCCCUUUGUAAUAUUCUAUCCUCAUCUGUAAAGUUUCCCCAUUCUAUUCCUUGUAUUAUAACAACUGUCCACACAUCUAUUAGGAAAUUAAUAUUUUGCUAUUGAUCACUGAAUAAA